GCGGCGCUUUCAAAUUGUUUGUUUUAGCCUUCACCCUGAUUAGCCAAAACUGUCAGGUCUCUGGAUUUAUCAUGGCGAAGUUAUCAAAAGAGUAAACAGCAGCGCUUCAUUAAAAUUUAAGCUGUGUUUCAAACGCGGAGUCCUGAACAGUGAUGAAAAACGGGAGCUACAAUGGAAGAGGAGGGACCAAUCAACUUCAAAGCACUGAGGGCCAAAUUUCAGGAAGAGGCUCUCUUGGCUCAAUCCAAAACCAGCCGGCCAGCUGUUGCUGAAAAACCCAAACGCAUUCCUCCACCUGGAGGUCACUGCACCCCUGUGGUUAGCAGUUUUAAUACUGCUGCAGAAAACAAGACACCAGCACUUCCUCGUGUCAUCUUCAGAGAUACGUUGCGAAUGUCUGGAGGCAAGCGGCCGGUUUCUCUCCCACCGCAACCUCAGCGGACCUCCCCGUCAUCUCAGCUUACUAAUGGAGAAGGCACAGCGAGGCAUUCUCGAUACAUGCCCCUGGUGCUUCCUGUUCUGCCUGCAAAAGAUCAGAACGCAGAAAUGCCAGCGAGAAGGGAGCACAAAAUGGAACCAGAGCCAGGGAAAGAAGUCUUGCCACACACUAAAAUCAAGAGAAAGGCUUUGCUGCUUCCAUUCAGGUCAGUCAAAGCAUCAAGGGUCGGUGCAGAAGGUGGAGAUGAGUCCACAUAUGAUGAUUUGACCAACAGGCCAUGUGGCCUUUCUGGUGAGUUGCCAUCAUUGGAAAAACAAACCACAGAGGAUGGGGUUUCGCUCCAAAGUGACCAGUCAACCACUGAGUGCCCCCUCUCCAGCCCAGAUGUCCCAGUCACCCCUCCUUCAGCGGAGACCACUGCUGAUUCUGACGAUAAAAUUUUUAGCACUUUGGAGAGAGCCAAGAAGAAAUUCUCAUGCCGAAACAUAUUGAUCUCUACCAAACCCAAGCGCUUGCAUUCCCCUGACAACACAGACAAGGAGUUCACUUCAUCACCAAAGAACGCUGCUCCGCCCAUAUCCCCACCGGUGUGCCUUCCACACCUGGCCUGUAUUUCAGCCCGGCCUUUCUUCAAAGCCAGCAGCUCUUUACGCAAGUCGCCACUGGAAAAGCAGCUUAGCAGAGAUAAUUCUGAAAAUCUGCUGGUGAAGACUGUUGAACUUCAUCCACCACGUGUCCCACUAAAGAAGCCUCUGCCUGAUCUGAGAACACUGGGGCCAGUGCCGGCAAAGCCCCCCAGACCUCCAUUAGUAGAUCUCAACUGUUACAGUGUGCCACUAUUUGCUGUGCUGUCACCAAGUGUUAGCCAAGCACCAGUUGAAGAGCCAGAGUCUGAGCACCUACCCGUCUCCAACCCUAUGCUCGAUGCCCCAGAGUUUCCAGACUUUGAGAAUGCAGAGAUAGAAACGGCAGAAGACCGAGGUGUUGAUAUUGCUGCACUAGAACUGGAGGCCUUAGACAUAGUCAGCACUAACCCUCACAUAGCUGUCGACGCUGAGCGUCCACAACCUGACUUGUCAGCGCGUGAUCCUGCAGGGGCCAGUGUGAGCUCAAUCAUCCAAGAUCUGAACCUUGGCAGUGAAAACAUAAUACCCCUUGAUCCAGCCAGCUUCCCCGAACCAAUAAACUUGUUAGAGUUCCCAGAGCCUGCUAUACCAGAGCAGAGGCCCCAGAGCAAAGAGGUGCUUGUAGAGUCUUUUCCUAAAUCUCCCUCUGAUGAAACUGAUGUGGGAGUCGCUGAGUGCCAGUCUUUCCCAGAGGAAACAGAGCUUAGUAGCCACUCAAGUCUACAUCAACAGGACAGUUGCUAUGAAACAUAUACUAAUGUAUAUGAAGAGGUUGAGAACAUGAACAAAUUCACUUUGGGUCAUAACUCAAAUAAACGAAAAGGCGGCCUGAAGAAUCCAUAUGCUGACAACCAACUAAAGGAGUCAUGUGUUAAAAGGCUGAAGAAUCCAUGGGUGGGUGUAUCAGGAGAACAUUUGGCCCAUAAUCCUAUGCACAGCAUAAUGAACACUCCCAACCCUGCUGACCAUAAAGAACAGAAGAAGAGGGCGAAGCAGCGAUUGGAAAAAGAAAAAAAGGAGCAAAAAGAGAGGGAGAAGAAGGAAAAUGAAAUGAAAAAGAAGUUCAAAGUGACUGGGGAUGAGGAGCCCAUGUAUCAUGCCAAGGUGAUGGUGGCCAGUAAGGUCCGCAAGAAUGACUUACCUGUGAAGAGCGGGGAUACGGUCAGCAUCAUCCGCACCACCAACUGCCCCAAAGGCAAAUGGUUGGCCCGAGACACCAACAACAAAUAUGGUUAUAUUUCAGUGAUGAAUGUGGAGUUAAAUAUCAAGGAGAUGCUGGAACUAGGCAAAAAGGCUCAAGCAGCAGGGCGAGGAGGCAACCAGGAGGGAGAUAACAUAAGCAUUGGGAGCAGAUCCUCAAACCAUCCUGUUCUAACGAGCAGCUUCACAGAUGACAGUGAGGAGUGGGCCUAUGAAGAUGAGACCCUCUCACCGUUCAGUGAGAGCCACAGCUUUUCUCAGCAGACUGCGUCAGUGCCCGAGAUGUCAUGUGUUCACGUUGCUGCCCAGAACACACUGAAUGACGCCAACCUGAAAGACCUGCACUCACAGAUCAAACAUGAAGCCCUGCAGAAACUCGCCGUCUUCUUUCACCAGACCAAAGAUGAACUUGGUGAUGUCCCUGAUGAUGGAGGAGCAACCUUUACAAAUGAUGAGCAUCAGAGCUUCUUGAGUGCAGUCGAGGAGCCUCCGUAUCCUGAACAAGAAGUUGACUUCACGGAGCUGGAACUUCUUCCUCCCCCGCCGCUGUACGCUGACUCCUAAUCGCCACACUGUGGAGGUGAAAUUGUGACUUCGGCCCUCUGCUGUGAAGACAAACGUCAUGAUUCGUGAUGGCACUGCUGUGGAACUGUUCUGUAACUGCAGUUUCAUCUUCUACUUGUUAAUAUUUGUUCCUUUUUUUUCCUUUUACUCUAAGGUCACUGUGAGAGGAGUAGAUGUUGCACAAAUUGAACCAUUGCACUUUGUCUAGUGUUCACCUGUGGUUGCUUAGUUAUGGAUGUUUGCAGAAAUGUUU